CGAUCAUUUCGACUUCGACUCGAGUACACUUUGAAUGCCGAAGUUGGAGAAAGUUACGUUCCUCCUCAGUCAGUAGUAAUACGAUAGUCUUCCAUACCAUAUCAAAAGUGUAGUCGACAAAUUAAUAAAUACAAACUUUGUGUAAGUAGAUCUUGUUCCGGGUUCCAUAUUUAUUUAGUUUAGAAACAAAACAAAAACCGUUUAACACAUAUGUUUGUUUGGUGAUAAAAGUUUUAAUAAUGAAGCUAAAGAACUUAACUAAAAGGUUCUUUUUAAGUGGCCUUGUGCUUAUUUGCAUACAUUUUGCUCAACUGUCAUUAUGUAAUACAACAACAACACAUGAACGUUGUGACAAUGACGAUCAACAAAUGGUAUGGUCAAGGUUUCUUGAGGAAUACGUUGUGAGCCAGCAUACAAAUAAUGGAUCCAGAACACCAAAAGUUCUUCCGAAUCCUGGCCAGGUCAAUCCAGGCAUGAUGAAUCCAUCAACUCCAAUGAAUUUCAUCAGCGAUCAAAACUACCAUCGAUACAUUCCAACGAAUAACAUGUACAUAACGAAGCGAAUUGGAGAAGCUAUGGAACUGGAGCCACAUAUGCGACCACCAGCAAAGGUAAUAAAUCCUCCUCAUCGACAAAAUGGCAUCCCAUCUGGCUUUGGGAAUCAGAUGCAACAGACUAAUCAUCCAGUACACCCGCAGCAGCACGUUCGUGCUGUAUCCGAAAAUGACUUGUAUCUCCUUGGUGCGAUCGAGAAACUCGUUUAUCGCGUUGAUUAUCUAGAAAGUCGCGUCCGCAGAUCGGAACAAUUAAUAUACUACCUAAUGGCGGGGAACAACCAAAAAGAAGUUCGCGAUCCAUGCCCAGCUAAUUUCACUCGCAUCAGUGACGCAUGCUACUUCAUUAAUAGCGAUCGGCAGGUCAAUUGGAAGACCGCAAACAGUGCGUGUAAGUCGGUCAACUCUUACCUGGCCGAAUUUGAGAAGGUAUCCGAGAACGAGGAACUAAUUGCUCAUUUAUUGAAUCAACAAGUCCAUCGAGGGCGUGACUUUUGGUUGGGUGGAUUAAAUCCAGGUCUUUUAUGGAUUUGGGCGAAUUCAGCGAAACCAGUUAAUCCGAAUAUGAAUUUGACAACAAUUGCCAAUAAUCUGCAACAAGAGAACGAUAAUUCAACAAACAGUGGAAAUGGCAAUAAGACGGAAUCAAAUGAAAUUUUGAAUAAUACGAUGGAGAUAAAAGGGCAAGGAAGAUGCUUGAGGUUAUCAUAUAAUCCGGCAAAGCAUUCUUACUUUUAUUAUGGGCAAGAGUGUACGUCAAGGCAUCAUUUUAUAUGCGAAUAUGAAGACAAGACUUUGGAUAAUAAAAUUAAAAAAAUAUCAAGAGAACUGCGAUUAGAUCAGUAGGUAUUUAUACAUACGUACAUACAUAUGUAAAAUGUACAUCUAGAGUUAAAAAAGAAAUUUAUAAGCUGAGAAAGCUUUUUUCUAUGUUGAGUCAUAGCAUUAACAACAUAUUAUACGUAGGUAAAAGCCAUCUUCAGAAGGUGUUUCUGUACAUCUGUAUUUAACAAAUAUUAAUUUAUUUAUUUAUUAACUUGAAUUUUAAUAAAAUCUUAUUUAUU